CGUCACUUGGGCGGAGCAACAACGCCCCCUCGCUUUCUUGCCCCUCUUCACCAGCACCCAGCCCUCAUGACUUCAGACAGGGACCUUUUCGUGGCCUAUGGCGCCCUCAUGGGCGGAGCCCUGCUCCCCAUCUACCACGGCGCCUAUGCCUCGUUGCGCACGCCAAGAUCGACCAUCGAGAAGCUCAAGGCGCGCAAGAAGCUGUCGGACGCAGACUUGUCAGACUACGAAGAAGAGCUCGAUGAAAGUGGGCUUCCAGAGACUCUGACGUCCGAGGAUGCCUACUGGCUGCCGGUCCUCGGCUCGGCCGUCCUCUUUGGCAUGUUUCUCGUCUUCAAGUACCUCGACAAGGUCUGGGUCGAUCGUGUGCUCGGCUUCUACUUUGCCUGCGUGGGCAGCUUUGCCGUCACAAAGGCAUUCCUUGCGGUCGUCACCGGUGUCCUUGGCCGCGAGAGGAUCAAGAACAUGGAUUUGACCAAGCUUCAGCUCUCGAGAAGGGUGCGCAAGGGAGGCAUCAAGGGCAAGGAGAGCAAGCCUCAGGACCUCUUGAUUGUUCGUUUGACCAACAUACACCCACCCGUCGUCGUCCUCUCGAGCAUCGUUGUAGGCGCCUACCUGUGGAACAAGCACUGGAUCCUCUCCAACGUGCUUGCACUCAGCCUCUCGCUCUCUUCCAUCUCGCUCCUCGCCCUCGACUCGUUCAAGACGGGAAGCAUCAUGCUCGCUGGUCUCUUUGUCUACGACGUCUUUUGGGUCUUUGGCACAAACGUCAUGGUCUCGGUUGCCCGCGGUUUCGACGGGCCGAUCAAGAUCGUCUGGCCAAAGAACCUCGUCGAAGGCCUCUUUGACGGCGCAACGGACUGGAAGAUGACGAUGCUGGGUCUGGGCGACAUUGUCAUUCCGGGCAUCUUCAUCGCCCUCGCCCUUCGCUACGACCAGCACCGGUAUGCCAAGGUCAACGAGAAGCUCCUCAUCACCAAGCACGAUGUCGACUUCCCCAAGCCAUACUUCAAGGCCACGCUCGUUGCCUAUGUUGCCGGUCUGGCCACGACGAUGCUCGUCAUGCACUUUACAAAGGCUGCGCAGCCCGCGCUCCUCUAUCUCAGCCCAGCCUGCGUGGGCGCGAUUGUCAUUACCAGCCUUCGGCUGGGCCAGUGGAGCGAGACGUGGGCAUACGACUCCAACGAGGAGGAUGCCAAGGCUGACGAGGAGGCAAAGAGAGCCAAGGGUGAGGCUGCCGGCGAAGAUGAAGCUGAUGACGAUGACGACGACGACGACGACAAUGACGAGGCGGCCUGGGAAGGCGUCAAAGACGAUGGGUCCAACGCGACACAGCACCCUCGCUCCACGAGGAGCUCUACGAGAAAGAGAAAGACUUCCACAAAGACAGACAAGUGAGCGACUCAAGACAAUGUUUCAUUACUGCAUGUGCAUCGUGAAUGUCGAGAGAUUUAUUACAGCUUGAGGCCAUCGAACAUCCUGUCC